GCUCAUUUACUUUUUCCUUCUUUUACAUAUGUACGUUUUCUCUUUAGAAUUUACAAUUCAUGCUUCUAUCUUCCUCACUCUUUAUUGGUGAAUGCAUAUGUACAUCAAACAAUUGUAACACAACUUUCUCAGUGUGAUGACAAAAAAAACAUUAUUACUGGUAUUCCAUCUUAUUUAAAAUUAACUUAAAUCUAGACCAUCAAGGGAAGCAAGAAUUUAUUGAGCAUUGCUUUGGAAACAUGCGCCCAUCGCGGGCAAUUCUAGUCACGCAUGUAUCACGAAAUCUGGCACAAAUUGCAGAUCAUCGCAUCUACUCUUUCUUCUUAGAAUUAUUAUCUUUACUUAUUUUACCUUCUGCAAUGAAAAAGUGAAUGUGAUAGAUAGGCCUACAAAACAUUAAAGGUGUUGGUUUUUUAUAUUACAGACUUAACAUUUAAAUAAACGAAAAUUAACGAAAUCAAAUCAGAAAAAAAGUCAGAAUCCACGCGACAACGCUCAAAUAAAAAUGCGUAAUAUGUAGUCCAUAAUAUAGAUACUACAUAUUUGCAUGUGACUGCUGCUGCUAAAAAAUCUUAAGAUCUACUAUGAUCAGUUACAUUAGUCCAGCAAUGCAGCUGCCGCGCAAGAUGAGUGCCCACAACGUAAUCGCAAGCAUAAGUCGCACCCUGGGUACACUCCAUGGUGACGAGAAGCCCACAAACGAGGUCAAGUUCGCUGGUGAGGAGAGCAAGGACAAACUAUACGAACCCAAGCACAAGCAAAAGCUCCACUACAUUGCCAAACAGCGGAUUAAUGUCUCUAUUGCCAGCAACGCUGCGAAAAUGGUUUGCCCCGACAUAAGCCUAACCGAGACUGACGAGUCGAAGACAUCAACCGCGAACCGUUUGCACGGUAAAUUCGGAUAUUUGACCGUCUUAUGA